GUUUAAAUUGAACCCAAAAUGCGGCCAGUUCAUAAUGUUUGCCUGCUAUUCCUGCUGCUCGGCGCAGCUGUGAGCUCUGUGGCGGCACAGAAGGGCCGACUACUGGAUGGCCAGGCGGCCGCUGUUGGCUCCCAUCCCUACAGCGUGUCGCUGCAGCGUAAUGGCGCCCAUGUCUGUGGAGCCGCUCUGAUCAGCAACAAGGUCUGCCUGACCGCCGCUCAUUGCGUCACCAUCGGCGGCAUUGAAAGCUAUCCGGCACGCAGUUUCUUGGUGCGCGCGGGCAGCAUUCAGCGUGUGGCUGGCGGUCAGCUGGCCCAGGUGGCGCGCAUAAUAGUGCACAAGGACUAUGCGAAUGGACUCAAUGAUCUGGCUUUGGUUGUGCUCGAGCAGGCCCUGACGCUGAAUGCCAAUACACAGCCCAUUGCCCUGGCCAGCGAAGCGCCACCCGCCGGCGCGGAGAUCACCUACACCGGCUGGGGUGCCAUACGCAAUCAGGGCGCGCUUAGCCAACGUCUGCUGGUGGGCAGCCGCCAGGCAAUUAGUGCAGCCGACUGCCAGAAGCAGCUGUAUAUAGAUGACGAGGGACUCUUGUGCCUGACGUCAGCAUCAGAGACGGCCUCCGACGGCAUAUGUCAGGGCGAUGCCGGUGCGCCGGCUGUCUAUAAGGACGAGCUGGUUGCCAUUGGCGGCUUCUAUGCUGACGUUUGUGGCAGCUCUCUGCCCAAUGGAUUUAUGAAUGUCGCCCAUUACCUAGACUGGAUUAAGGCUAAUAUGUAAAACAGUUGAACCCAUCAAUGCGAUCGAUCCGCAGUCAGCUCCACGACGUAUGCAUGACACGAAUGUGCCAACACAAAGGCUUUCUAUGAUAUGAUAGUCAUAUAAGAUUCUAAAAAAUAAAAUUUCAUCGCUGCUCGAUACCUAAUUUAGGAUCAAGCUGGAUCGUGUGAGUGAUCUACUAAAUACCCAAA